GUGGUUUGUGGACAACGGUGGAUCUGUAGAAUGCGUCUCCCUCAAGAUCGGGUUCCUUAGUUGCAUGAAGUACUUAUUGCUAGCACAAAAUGGAGACAACUCCAUAGAGAGAAAGUGGGACUCAGUGCAUUCGGUGAGACUCGGUGAGAGAAAGAACAGGCCAUCUGCUGAGGAAAAAGAAGGGGAGAGAGAGGGAGUAAGAAAAGAAGAAAGUGGGACAAAGCUGUCAGACGAUUGCGUCCCGACUGCACGCAUCGACUGCAUAUAGAGUUUUUCAUUCCGAAAACAUGGCUAGCACGAAAUCCCUUCUGACUAUGGAGUUUCUCUUCAUUUUGUCAUGGUGGUGCCUUGGGGGGGAACAACUUUCUCAUGCACAUACGAAAUCCACCCUCAAACCUGGCGAGGCGCUUCGUUACCCGGACCAGCUGGUUUCGGCCGAUGGGAGAUUUCGACUAGGCUUUUUCAGCUUCAGCAGUCUGGAUGUUUCGGAUGUCGGCUAUUUGGGAAUAUGGUACUCCAAAGAUGACUACCACACCAAAUUAUGGGUUGCGAACCGAGACAGCCCUAUAUCUGUCAGUACAGCAAAUCUCACAAUGGAGGCAGACGGCCAAUUGAGAAUUAAUGUGAAUAAUGGAGGGAGUACAAUUCCGUUGAAUUCUAAACAAACAGCACCAAACUCAAGCGCUACUCUAGAUAACUCGGGAAACUUCAUCGUGAAAGAGUUGAAUCCUGAUGGGUCUACCAAAAGGGUCUUAUGGGAAAGCUUUGAUUAUCCGACAGACACACUUCUGCCUGGUAUGAAACUAGGCAUCGACCAUAAAGCAGGGAAAGAAUGGAUACUUACUUCGUGGCUAUCCGAACAAGUCGCCGCCCCCGGAGGCUUUUCUCUCGAAUGGAGUCCUGUCAACGGGACGGGACAAUUGGUAAUGAGACACAGAGGGAAUAUGUACUGGCUCAGCGGGGUUGGGAGUAAAUCCGACUUUCAGAAUAUUGUUGAUCAGAUGACUUCAGAUUAUGUCUACUACAAUUUUAGCUAUAUUUUUAAUGAGAACGAGAGUUACUUCCUUUAUUCUGUUCCUGACGGGAGAAUUUCGAGGCUCGUCUUGAGCUCAGAUGGGAUGCUUACAGAUUAUCCAAAACCUAUUUAUGUGAGAAGUGGUAUGUGUUUCGGUUACUCCUCGGAACCCGGUUGUGUACAGCAGACUUCAACCUCUUGCAGGACUAGCAGUCAAAAAUUUGAACAGCGAAAGGUUCGAUUUCCAGAAGGAGUGUCUGAAUGGGACUACAAUUGGAACACCAGUAUUAGUGAUUGUUGGACUAAAUGCUGGAGCAGUUGUUCCUGCGUUGGUUUUCAAACAAAUUCAUCUACUGGAACUGGAUGCCUAUUAUACAGCGGUCAAUUUGUGGAUGUGGAAAACGGCAUCAAUCCUCAACAGAUUUAUGUUCUUAUUACGCCGAAAACUAUGAUCUUGGGAUGCUUAUGCUUUUGGACGAAGAAAAAACUACGACGAGAUCAAGAAAGCAAUCAGGAAGUUGAAAUUGCUUUACUGUUUGGAGACACAAAAGAGGCUAGCAAUGAUGGGAAGAAAGGUCAUGAUGUGGAAGUAUUCAGUUUUCCUUCCAUAGUCGCUGCUACGGACAAUUUUAGCUCCGAAAAUAAACUAGGACAAGGUGGCUUUGGUCCUGUAUACAAAGGAAAAUUACCUGAGGGGCAAGAGAUAGCUGUUAAGAGACUUUCGAGAAGUUCCGAACAAGGAUUGGUGGAGUUCAAGAAUGAGCUUAUACUCAUUGCAAAACUCCAACACGUGAAUCUCGUUAGACUUUUGGGUUGUUGUGUUACAGGAGAUGAAAAGAUAUUGAUCUAUGAAUAUAUGCCCAAUAAAAGCUUGGACUUCUUUCUUUUUGAUCCAAAGAAAAGGGAGCUUUUGGAUUGGAAGCGACGUCGUAACAUCAUUGAAGGCAUUGCUCAAGGGCUUCUUUAUUUGCAUAAAUAUUCUAGACUAAGAAUUAUUCAUAGAGAUUUGAAAGCGAGCAACAUCCUGCUUGAUAACGAUAUGAACCCCAAAAUAUCAGAUUUUGGCAUGGCCAGAGUUUUUGGCCGGAAUGCUGCUGACGAAUUUACAAAGACAGUAGUGGGAACACGUGGUUAUAUGUCACCGGAGUAUGCCCUGAGAGGUAAUUUUUCAGAGAAGUCAGAUGUGUACAGUUUUGGAGUUCUGAUGUUGGAGAUUGUGAGCGGGCAGAAGAGCACUGGCAUUUAUCAUCCUGAACAUCACCUGAGCUUAGUGGGAUAUGCUUGGGAAUUAUGGAGAGAAGGCAAAGGCUUGGAGCUAAUGGACUCAACUCUGGUUGAAUCCCAUUCUGAGCACCAAAUCUUAAGAUGCAUCCAUGUGGGUCUCUUGUGCGUACAAGAGUUUGCAGUGGAUAGGCCUACCAUGUCUGAUGUUAUUUCUAUGCUUACCAAUGAAUAUCUUCCUCUUCCUAUUCCAAAGCAAGCUGCAUUUUCCACUCAAAGACAGUUGACGGUGGCAGGUUUACUCGGCGGAGAAAACGAAUGUUUUUCUGCUUCAGCCACUAUGACCAUUUCCGAGAUGGAUCCCCGGUAAGGAUGGAAACAUCAACCUAUGAGAUACAUUAUAGUGUGAAAGAAAAGUUUCCUGUGUUCUAGUAAGACCCUUUUGGAGCUUCUUGUUAUGUGCAAUAAGAAUAUUGUUCAUGUGAUUUUUUAUCAGAAGAAAAGAAGAAGGGCGAAUUGUUUAUGCAAAUUGUUGUAGCCAUGCAUCAGAGAUAUACAAUUGGCAUCUUUCUUGAA